AUGCCGUCUUGUAAACAGCACCGCUGGGUUUUGAUGAGGUUCGGCAACGGCGGUAUAAGGACAAAAGCCAAAGUGUUCAAUUCUGAAUUGACUUUCACCAGGCAAACCCAAAUAUCCGGGCGCCCCUCCUCAAUCCGAUUGGGGAACCGGAUGGCAUCGAUGUUGGGGAUAAAGGCGAAUGUGCCUCAUGUUUAUUCCCUCAUCUAUCUAUGGUAUUUAGCAGGACGUCGAAGUCGGGGGCGUCUGAAUCAUCUCGUACAAGAAAUUGAAUCCCGCGCGAUCGCAACACAGCAACAGAUCAAUAUUGUCAGAUCGCAAAUUACAGGGAAGCAGCGGGAAUUGCGCCUGUUAGAACUCACAUCGAACGAAAUUAGCCAGUUACCCAAGGAAACGAAUGUAUACGAGGGGGUUGGGAAAAUGUUUGUCGCAAACCCGAUCACGAACGUGAAUAAACGGCUAUCGGCGGAAAAAGGAGAAUUGAAAACCGCAAUAUCCAAUCUAGAAAAGAAGCUCCAUUAUUUGGAAACGACACAUAAAAAUAGCCGGCAACAUAUGGACCAGAUAUUCAAGACUGGUGGCAAGGCAUGAGUGAUAAUGUGAAAAUGGGGUUAAGGCUGAGAUAUGCUGUACUUGUUCGAAUGUAUACCCCGGAAUCGUCCGCUGGCCGUUGGAGGUUGGUAAUGCAUUUUGACUAGCUACCCAGCUCAGAUGAGCGCCGAUGAGAACGGUCCUUGUCGGUUUUUCAUACCUUCAAAUUAUGGAUCUGGGACAAACGCCAUCGCAGGUCGACCGCAUAUAUGUGUGAGAUUGUUGUUCUUUUGGUCAUUUUGACAUGACUCAAUGGCCAUGUUACUGCAAACGUUAUGGCACCAUGAACGGAAGACAAGCGCGGCUCGUGGUAUGAUAUGAUCUUCUACAUACAAAUACCUUAGGGGAAUGAAAAAUAAUCCCCAAGCCUAAUGGCAUUGGAGUUACAUGCAGGCGUCUACCGCGAAUAUCUGAUCUGAUCCUUGGUCAUUGAAACGUUAUUGCUAUAACUCCCGGAUUUGGCAUUCCUAACUAAAUCGAGAGAAAUUGCAAAUGCCCCUGUUUCUUCUCAUAAAUACGCCUGCUAAAAUAUUACUCCUCUAUAAACAGUCAGACUCCCCAUCGACUCACUCAUGUUGAAUUUCCAGGACCGUGUUAUAGUCUAAGAUUUUCAAAAACCAAGAUAGAUAUUAGCACCGGUGAAUGUCGCGAUAUGGUUGGGCGGGAGAUUACAGGCCGGGUUAUUCAUUGUACGAAUGUGUCGAGUAGAGGGUGAGAAUGCGCUACUAUUACGUUCUACAUGAAUUUUCUCGUCACCCCAAAUCAGCCUCACCAUCAAACAUAUGGAUGUUUGCGGAAUAGGUAUUCACAACGAAUGUUUGUUUGCAUGAUCAUCCCAUGCCAAACACGAGUUUUCUAGUUGAUUUCCGCGGCAGCCACGCUGAAGUGCUGUCAGGGCCCAAGUAGGAAAUUUAACAAGACCGCCGCUGAGAGUAAUGGGAUAUCGUAAGAACCCAUACAGCGUAUGUCCAGCAAUUCUCAUCAACAUGCCAUUCAAUGUCAGGAAGAGAUUCCGCAAAAUGGACAGGGAAUUCGUCAAUUUAGAUCGCAUUUAUAGUAGUGGUAUUUAAUUCCAGAAAUAUCACGUUAUAUGAUGAAUUGAAAGAGCGCGCGUAUUCACAGAUUGAACUAUUCAGACACAUCAUCAAAAAUGACUUGGAAAGUAAUGAAAAAUAGCCAUUAAUCUAAGAAUAUCAUGCAUUGAAAACAAAUC